AUGGAGAAUCACAGCAAAGUUGACAGCCCAACCAACACGUCCCUGAUGGCCAGUAAUACCGUCCUGGGCCUGAUUGAGUACAAGACUGUUUCUGUCUUUCUGGUACUCCUGAUCUGUGGAGUGGGCAUCAUUGGCAAUAUGAUGGUUGUACUAGUUGUGAUGACCACUCGGGAUAUGCGGACGCCCACCAACUGCUACCUGGUUAGCCUAGCCUUGGCUGACCUCAUGGUCCUCCUGGCAGCUGGACUGCCCAAUGUCUCUGAUAGCCUGGCUGGGCAGUGGAUCUACGGGCAUGCUGGCUGCCUUUGUAUCACCUAUUUUCAGUACCUUGGGAUCAACGUCUCUUCUUGUUCCAUCAUGGCAUUCACUGUGGAGAGGUACAUAGCUAUCUGCCAUCCUAUUAGGGCCCAGACAGUGUGCACAAUAUCCCGGGCCAAGCGUAUCAUCUCGGGGGUCUGGGUGGUCACGUCAGUCUACUGCAUGCUAUGGUUCUUCCUGGUUGACAUCAACAUCACCAAGAGUCAAAGUCUGGAGUGUGGUUACAAGGUUUCCCGGAACCUCUAUUUGCCCAUCUACCUGCUGGACUUCGCCAUUUUCUUUAUCACCCCCUUGGUGGUGGCCACUGUCCUCUAUGGGCUAAUUGGGAGGAUACUCUUCCUAAGCUCUCUCUCCCACCUACCCAGCUGUGCAGGCACAGAGGGCUGCCCAGAGGGGAGUGCCACAGAAAGGGGACAAGGUACCAAGGUGGAGCAGGGCAAGGCUGGCAGUCGCUCUCGAACCAAAGGGGCUCUGUCUUCCAGGAAGCAGGUCACCAAGAUGCUGGUUGUGGUUGUAGUCCUCUUUGCUGUCCUGUGGAUGCCCUACCGGACCCUGGUCCUAGUGAACUCCUUUAUGGACCGCCCUUAUCUCGACCCAUGGUUUCUUCUAUUUUGUCGCACCUGUGUCUAUGCCAACAGCGCCAUCAACCCCAUUGUUUACAACCUCAUGUCCCAGAAGUUCCGGAUGGCCUUUAGGAGGUUGUGCAAAUGCCCAGAGGAAGAGCCCCAGCGGAGAAUGGUCUAUCUGACUACCACCAGCUACAGCAUGGUACAGGAGUCCUUCCAAGCCAAGCCCAAGGCCUUGGGCAAGAAGCAAAAGCAAACUCAGCCACACUUGGCACAGGAGCAGGUGGCUGAGGGUCCCCAGUCAGCUCGUCAACCAGUCAGUCAAGAAAAGCCAUAUUUCAGCGUGGUUUAG